GGCAAUUCUGAUAUUCUAUUGCAUCAAAUGGGAACCACUUAAAGUUGGUGAAUAUGUUUACCCAUGGUGGGCGAAUGGUAUUGGUUGGAUGCUUUCUCUUUCAUCUAUUUUAUGGAUACCCGGCGUUGCUUGUUAUGUUAUGGUAAAUGGUAAAGGUUCUUUAUCAAAAAGAUUUAAACAAGGCAUCAAGUGGGGCUUUGAGCAAAGUUAUGAAGGAGAAGUAAAAGUUGAAAAUGAAAUACAGAAAUUGAAAGCCCAAUCUGAUGUCUAAACAAGAGCAAAUGGCGUGACACGUCCCCACCUUAUUUUUAAGCGUCUUCACGUGCAACCGAUAUCAUGAUAAUAAAUGUGAUCACUCUUGUGGGAAGUCCCAUUGAAUAAACCGAACUACGUAUAAUAUGCAAAUGUUGACUCUUUUCGGUUUAUUUGAACGACAGAUGGGAACCAUCUGAAAAGUUCCAAUCCUGUCCCACGCCGAUGUGGCGUCAAGUUUCUAAUUAUAAUUUGAAACAUUCGUUUCUCAUAAAAGAUAAAAAAACAUGUGUCUUGACUCUCAUGAUUCCAGACAAAACAGCUCGUUAAUAUAUAAACGCACGCAUGUAGCUCCAUCAAGUUAGUUUUUUCAACAAUUUUAGCAGGUUCCACUGUGAAAAUGUUCCAGCUAAUACUGUUGCUUUUAUUUACUCUGGCGGAUCUGUCACACCAAGCCACAAGCGUUGAAGAAGCGUAUGUCGUCGGGUUAUUUCCAGAACCGGUGUAUGAGAUGGUGAAUACUACCGGUCGUGACCCUAACGACCAAUCGAUCAAAAUAACAAUUCAGAAUAUGGGCAGCUCAGCAAACGAUGUUGGGUACCAUGCCUAUCUUUCAGACACUGCAGAAGCUUUGUCAUUUUCGAUGAACACGGAAGGAGUCUCUUACAGAGGCAAGAAGGUCGACCACAAGGAGGCGCGAGAGGUUUUCGAGAAGGCGAAGUUAGAAGAUCACAAUGCUGCUGUGUAUAUACCUCGUCCACUACCAGUUGAUCGCAAUAGCGAGUUACAAUCCGAAUCAGUCAACGUUCACAUCAAAGGAGAAAAGAAAAUGACUUUUAAUCUCGAAUACACGGAAUCAAUCGCGGACAAAUUGGCCUCCGGUGAAAAGGUUCUUAACAGAGCUGCUGUGGUUCUAGACAUGUACGGUUCGACUGCAGAAAACCUAUUUGGUGAGGUAUAUUCCCCAAAUUACCCAAAUAACUACCCCAAUAAUGCCGAUUUGGCAUGGUGGGUAAGAGUGCCAGAUGAUGAGACCGUCACCCUGCAUGUUACCGAUCUCGAUAUUGAAGAAUGUUGUGAUAGGCUUACAAUUUAUGAUGGCGUUUCUAAAAACGGCCAAGUUAUUUCUGUUCUAACGGGUCAACUCUCCAACGAGUCUAUAGUUAUCCAAACAACCACGAAUAGCAUUUACUUACACCUUGCAUCAGAUUGUUCUUUUACUUCUCGUGGAUUCGCAGCAACUGUUACAAUGAGUGGGAACACCGUACCUACUUACGAACCACCCAGCACUACAACUGAUGUUUACCCAACUCAACCUAACGUUACAGCUUGUAACGGGGGUGAUUACUUAUACUCAUAUUCAGGCAGUAUAUCGUCUCCGAACUAUCCCUACAGCUAUUAUGAUAACUUGUAUUGCUCAUGGCAUAUAAGAAUACCAUAUUAUUCAUACGUUGUGAGCAUGACUGUACAGGACCUUCAUCUUCAAAGCUAUGAUUACCUAAGGGUAUACGAUGGCUCAUCAUCGUAUUAUCCUAUGAUCGCACAAUUAACCGGUGUGAUACAUUCUAAUCCAACAUACUAUUCAUCUGGUACCGAUAUGUUUUUACUUCUUACCACUGAUUCUUACGGCAGCACCUACAGCGGCUUUCAACUUACCUAUACUUAUUCCUAUGCACAACAAACUAAUAACCCUACUACAGAAUCAAAUGACGUUACCACAGCAUCAGCACUUCCCACAGCUUGCAACGGUGGUGAUUAUAUAUACUCUUAUUCAGGUUACAUAUCAUCACCUAACUAUCCUGGAAACUAUUACAAUAGUUUGAGUUGUUCCUGGCAAGUUAGAAUUCCAAGUACCUACUAUGUUGUGAAGCUCACUGUUGAAGCUUUCCAAUUGGAACCAAACUACGACUUUCUGUAUGUCUACGAUGGUUCUUCCUCCAGUUAUGCACAGCUUGCAAGCUGGACUGGUAUUCAUACACAAGGCGAAGAACUUUACUCUUCUUCCCGUGACAUGUUUCUUCAACUAUACACAGACUACGUUGUACCUGAUAAAGGCUUUCAGCUUUACUUUGCAAACUCGUACCCUCAAUCUACUACGCCUCAACCUGGUAGUAAUAUUCAGGCUUGUAACGGUGGUGAAUUCUUAAACAGUUAUUCAGGAAGCUUUUCGUCCCCUAACUACCCGAGCUACUACAACAACAACUUGUAUUGUACAUGGCACAUUCAAAUGCCUUCUUACUCUUACGCUGUCAACCUUACCAUUACCUACUUACAGCUGCAGUACAACAGUGAUUAUUUAUAUAUUUAUGAUGGACCAUCAAUAAAUUCUCCGCUGCUGAUAUACUUAACAGGUUCUUAUUAUUACCCGUUGAUGUAUUAUUCAACCGGCAGAGAUAUGUAUGUACGUUUGAGCACAAGUUCUUCUGGCCAAGAUAACGGUUUUCAAGCUUUUUACACUUACACAUACCAUCAGCAACCAGCAACCACAGCUGUCAACGAAAUCGUGACACAGCAGAGUCAGAACACAACCGUUCAAGCUUGCAACGGUGGUGAUUAUAUAUACUCUUAUUCAGGUUACAUAUACACACCUAACUAUCCUGGAAACUAUUACAACGAAUUGAGUUGUUCCUGGCAAGUUAGAAUUCCAAGUACCUACUAUGUUGUGAAGCUCACUGUUCAGGCUUUCCAAUUGGAACCAAACUACGACUAUCUGUAUGUCUACGAUGGUUCUUCCUCCAGUUAUGCACAGCUUGCAAGCUGGACUGGUAAUCAUACACAAGGCGAAGCACUUUACUCUUCUUCCCGUGACAUGUUUCUUCAACUAUACACAGACCAUAGUGUGACUCAUCAAGGCUUUCAGCUUUACUUUACAAACACGUACCCUCAACCGGGUGCAAAUAUUCAGGCUUGUAACGGUGGUGAAUUCUUAAACAGUUAUUCAGGAAGCUUUACGUCCCCUAACUAUCCGAGCUACUACAACAACGACUUGUAUUGUACAUGGCACAUUCAAAUGCCUUCUUACUCUUACGCUGUCAACCUUACCAUUACCGACUUACAGCUGCAGUACAGUGAUUAUUUAUAUAUUUAUGAUGGACCAUCAAUAAGUUAUCCGCUGCUGACAUACUUAACAGGUUCUUAUUAUUACCCGUUGAUGUAUUAUUCAACCGGAAGAGAUAUGUAUGUACGUUUGAGCACAAGUUCUUCUGGCCAAGAUAAUGGUUUUCAAGCUUUUUACACUUACACAUACCCUCAGCAACCAGCAACCACGGCUGCAAUUACAACCGAUCAAGCUUGCAACGGUGGUGAAUACAUAUACGCUUAUUCGGGCCACAUAUACUCACCUAACUAUCCUGGAAACUAUUAUGAUUAUCUCGACUGUUCCUGGCAAAUCACAAUUCCCUAUUACUACUACGUCGUUAAGCUUACUAUCUCAGAUUUUAAUUUGGAGAACAACUAUGACUAUCUAAAAGUGUACGAUGGCAGUUCUGAUAACUAUGCGUUGCUCACAAUGUGGACAGGGAAUGUGAACUCUGGUGAAAAAGUUUAUUCCUCGUCGUAUCAUAUGUUCUUGCAGUUCCAUACGGACUCUUCAGUAUCAUCAAACGGGUUUUCUCUUUCCUUUGAUUAUGCCAGUCCUUCUGAAGCUUCAGGUGAAGGAUCAGGAUAAGCCUUUAUAUUUGAAGUGAGAAUCAAACUGUGUUGUUGGUGAUACUGUUACGGUGUGUCAUUCACGUUCAAUUUAAUUACUUUGCUUUUUACGUAACAAGGUCUUUUUAAUGGCGUGACAUAAAUAUUUUAUAUUAAUUAUACUGAUAUGCUAUAUAUGUGCUAAAGCUAAAAAGGAAUGUAAUUUAGUUUUUGUUUAAUUGUCUGUAUUUUUCACGUAUAUUAUACGGGUAUUAUGGUGAUUUGUGUUCUUCAUACGUUAAUAAACUUACAGCUGUACUUGUACCAAUCAUGAACUAUACGCUUGUAUAAUUGUCGUUGCAUCUUUCCUAUUACUGUCUUUAAAAAAAAAGAACUCGGGCGUUUGUAUCGAAAAUGAACCUGAAAGUGCACAAAAACAUGCUUCGUCGUCGUAAUUCGCCUGCCCUAAUUAAAACACAGUGGCAUUGUUUCGUCAUAUAAGAACAUUGGCGCCCACCAUAAUAACCCCCCAAAAACUGCGUUUGCAUUUUUAAGCACCUAUAUUGUAAAAUGUUCCUAGGUCAUUAUAAAAGUUUUCAACACUGAUGUUUUUCAUUGGUCACCAGCGACAUCAGAGAUAUGUAUAAUAGGAAAGUGGGGAAGUCGGGACACUUUCUGCACAUGAUAUCCAAAUAUCCUGAUCGUGUU